GACUAUUCCCCCGAACUCCAAGCAAUCUCCAAACGAGGUAAAUCCACUGUGAGCUCUGCAGAUGGUGGGGUUGUGAUUACAGGCAUCAAACAUUCCAGGGAGGACAGUGUGGACAGCUACAUCAAUGAGCCCGGGAGGGGGCAGAACCGCCAGUCACAGGCAUACCAAUCACAGACUUCCACCAGUUCAUACGGAGGAGCUUCCAGCAGUGGCCUAGACAGAGGUACUUCAGAAGCUAUAACAAACAAUGGGGAUAAUCCUUUUGGCGACACAGAGAGGUAUGAUGACGAUGAGGAAGAAGAAGCCGAGGAACCGCCCAAUGAUGGCUGGACUGUGAGAGCAUUGUAUGAUUAUGACAGGGCGGAAGAGGAUGAGCUGGAGUUCAAAGCAGGUGAUGUUUUCGUACAACUGACCACUGAGGAUGAGAUGGGGUGGUGCAAGGGAAGAAAAGAUGGCAGAGUAGGAUUCUACCCCAAAAACUAUGUUGCCAGGAUAUGA